UUGUGACAGCUCUAAUGUCAAGGAUGACAAACACUUUUGUUUGUAGAAUUAUCUCGCUACAGAAUGUUUAUUAAUAUUUUUUUUGUUAAUUGCUAUUAAUAUAUACCGCACAAUAUGGCACCUAAGAAAGAUAAGAAGAAAGGAAAAGAUGAAGAAGCUCCUAAAGGCGUAUUUUCCGAAGUUGAACGAGCAUUCUAUGAUCUACAGUUAGCGGAUUGUAAUCGAAAAUUAGCUCGUCUUAGGCAAGCCGUCGAUGAAUAUGAAAUUCGUAAUGAGGAAUUGCAAAAGGCAUACGAUAAGCUUGACGAAGAUAGAGCCGAUAUCAUCGCAUAUUUGAAGAAAACUCUCAAUGUCAAAAAUGAAGAAAACACUGAGCUCAAAGAAAAAGUCAGAGGUUUGGAGGAAUUAAGGGAAAUAGAAACAACACAAUUCAAACAGACUGUCACUGAAUUGGAAAAGAAUUUUACUACCAUGAAAGAUCAACUAACUUCAGAAAAUAAACUGUUGGCUGGGAAGCUCAAUACGCUCGAGGAGUUUAGGGCUAUCAGGGAUGAUUUGAUGAAAAAGUUUGAAAAACAAGAGCAAUCCUUUGAAGAUCAAGAAAUGAAAUACAAACGAAUGUUAUAUGACGCUGAAAAGAAGUUUGUAAUAGGAAAAGAUAAAUUAAAGAGAGAAAUGGAAGAGAGGCUCCUGCAACUAGCACAAGAAUUCCAAGAUGCUAGUGAAAUGCGCAUUGCUGCCUCUACGCAUAGAGUAAUCCGAGAAAACAUUGCUUUAAAUAAUCAAUUAGAUAGUUUACUAAUGACACAGGCAAAAGUAGCCGAGCAAAAUGAGAAAUUCAGAGAAGAUGAAAGGGCAUCCCGGUGCGCUAAAGAAGUAGCUGAAGAACAAAGAGAUAAAGCAAUCAACAAGAGUAUUAUCCAACUCAAAGUCAUUGAUCAGUUGACAUCAGCGUUCCAAGAUGUGAAGAAACAAAAAGCUAUAUACGACAAGAAGCAGUUUGAUAAUGAAAAACUACAAAUGCGAGUGCAACGAUUGACUAAAGACAAUGAAAGUCUCUUACUACAAGUCCGAAUACUUGAGCAGAAUCUGCAUGCUAGCUUGGGCGAACAAAAUAAAUCCGUGGUAGAAACAGCUAAAUUAUUAAGGGAGCGUGAAAAGUAUAAGAAGAUAUUAAAAGAAUCAGCAUUUGCCGUCCAAGCAUCGCUUAAAUUGGACAACUGGUCGAGUUUAGAUCCCACGCGGGAAAUAAUAGAUAGGCAAGUAGUACUAAAGAGGAUACUUGCCGUCAUAAAUCAAUAUCGUGAUGCUGCACGAGCCGAAUCCAUGGAGUCACUAGUCUCCCUUAGUAAAAUUUAUGAUAAGGGAGAUCUUGGAUUUGAAGUUAAGCCCUCUCAGAAAGCUCCUGGUCCCAGAAGAUCAUUUGUCAGCGCUGGUGCCAUUGGUGCGCAAUCAUCUUUAGAAUCGUUUGAAGACAAACGUAGCUCCAUAGCGGGUUCAAUAUCUUCAUCAUCCUCUUUCGGAAGCUUGAAGACAAUUCCCAGUGUUGAACUUGUGCCCCCAGACGAUGACCAAGUGCCAACACCUAAAGAAAGCUUGCCAUCAUUCACUGUGACGUCAUUACAUGAAAGUGGCAGCGAAAGCGAAGUAGAGGCCGAAGAAACUUUAGAAGAUAUGAAUGACUUGGAAAAGAUGCUGGCUAUCAGUAAGGUUGAGAUGCAGAAAUCUUUGAUGGCUGAUUUGGCAUCUCACAUGUCUAUGAUGAAAAUGGAUCAUAAAAUGGGGGAUACUUCUCAGCCAGCCUUAGCUGAGGAAGACGAGGAAGGAGCUGCUGAUGAUAGUAAGGCUAAGGAAGGAGCAGAACCAGGAGAUGAGGAAACAGAACCUGUGAAAGAUACUGCUGGAGGUGAGCAGGAUACAGGUGCAGAUAAGGGUGGUGAAGAUGACGAGGAAAAGAAAACAAAAGAAGAGAGUGCGGAAUGAGGAAUUUAUUUCGGAGUUUCAAUAAGUUUUUUUUAAGUAUCGUGUUCAAUGGUAUGUGAACGAUGCGCAUUAGUAAAAUCCGUUUUCCGAAGUACUGGUAAUUUGUACUGUGAGUUUAUGUUUAGUGUAGUUUCGAGCAGUAUCUAAUGAAUACAUAUUAUAGUAUACUGCGUGAGUCAAUUACUAUUUUUAUUUACUCACGGACAGGUUAAUUUACAUCUUAGUGGUUAAUACUUUCAAGGAUCGACGAAUAUUACGGAUGCGCAUAUUGUAUUAUUUAUUUUACUGUAGUGAGUGUAAUGUGCUUAGUUUAUUUUGAUGUAUUCUGUGGUUUGAAUGUUAUUAAAUAUUUAUUAAAUACAGUUAUACUUCUACACGAAUCCGUAUAUU